AUGAGACAUCAACAAUUGAAUAUCGUUACUUUUUUGUGGUUUUCAUUCCAAUUAUUACUUAUGAAUGAAUUAGAAGCAGCAAAAACCAAAGAUCCUUUCUAUAUUAUUGCACAUAUGGCUAAUAAUCGUGAAACUCUUGACUGGGCAGUAUCACAAGGCGCCAGUGGAAUUGAAAGUGAUUUUCAAUUUAAUAAUGAUGGAUAUCCUAGUGUUAUUGAACAUGGAUGGCCAUGUGAUUGUAGAGUGAAUAUCUACAAAGAUAGUAUUUGUCGUCAUGGAUUACAUGGAAGCUGUUCAGGAUCGAAAGCCAGAAAUGAUCCUACAGCUCAUGUACGACAUGUCGCGCAACUUAAGGAUGUUGCUCUGUUUAUUAUCGAUUCUAAAAUAAAAGCUAAAUUGGGAAAUCGACUUGUCAAAGCUGGAAAAAAAAUUAUUUCUUUUCUUGAUAAAAAUCUCUUCAAAUAUGGUUACAAAGGAAAAGUCAUUAUUGGAUCUUCAAAAGUCGAUACAUUCGAAUAUAUAAAAGGUGCCGUUAUAGCAGCGAACAAUUCAGCAAAUAAAGAUCAUUAUUUCUUUACAUUUGAUGGAGAAGGUGAUGAUUACAAAAAUAUUAUAUCAAUGUUGUCUGGUUUAACAAAACAUUUCAUAUCACUAUCUAGAAUGGUGUUAACGGUAAGAGCAACGGAGAACAUGGUAUGA